GCCUCUUCUCCUGCGCGCUGUCACGCUACUACCAACAGGCACGGAAUUCCAGGGAGGAAGUCACUGAGAUUGGGAAACGAACAACAACUCCAAAGGUGCCAGAAAAAAAAACUGGAGACGAGAAGAAGUAAGAAUACGGCAAGUCAUCAUUUGGAACAUUAGAUACAUCUAAUAUUGGAAUAUGGACUAGAGUCACCGGGUCGCAGCAGAUGGAGGCGGCGAGAAGUUUGGUGUUUCUCGGGGCCGUGCUGCUCGUAGUGACGGGCACGUUGGGCAGAGAAGUGUGCCUGGGUACAGACAUGAAGCUGGACCUGCCCUCCAGCCUGGAAAAUCACUACGAGACCCUCAGGCUGCUCUACACUGGCUGCCAGGUUGUCCACGGUAACCUGGAGAUCACACAUCUGCAUGGAGACCCUGACCUCUCCUUCCUUCAGGGGAUCGUGGAGGUACAGGGCUAUGUACUUGUUGCUCAUGUCACAGUGAGUCUGUUGCCGUUGGACAACCUUCGAAUCAUAAGAGGCAGCCAGCUAUACAACUCCAGCUACGCCCUGGCUGUGUUGGAUAAUACUCUGGGCGGACAGGGGCUCAGGACGCUCCGGCUCCGUAGCCUCACAGAGAUCCUGUUGGGUGUGGUGUAUAUUUGGGGCAACCCCCAGCUGUGCUUCCCAGACCCCCAGAACAUUGUUUGGAGGGACACUUUGGACGAGCAGAACAUCCACACCCGGCUUCACAAACUGCAGCCUCGGGCUCCUAAAUGUCCAAGUUGUUCCUCUGUAUGUGGGAAAAGCUGCUGGGGAGAAACUGCACAGGACUGUCAGACCUUGACCCGUAUUAAAUGUGCGUCUGGCUGUCAGCGGUGUAAAGGUCCCUUACCCAGUGACUGCUGUCACCUGCAGUGCGCUGCUGGAUGCACAGGGCCCAAAGACUCAGACUGUCUGGCGUGCCGCCACUUCAAUGACAGUGGUGUGUGUAAGGAGAACUGUCCUCAACCUAAUAUUUACGACCCCUCAACCUUUCAGAACAAACCCAACCCAAACAAGAAGUUCAGCUUUGGAGCCACCUGUGUCAAGACGUGUCCUUAUAACUAUCUUGCUAUGGAAGUGGCUUGUACUUUGGUUUGUCCCAGAACCAACCAGGAAGUUAUUGUUGCUCACCCUGACGGAAACGAAAUGCAGAAAUGUGAAAGGUGCGAAGGAGACUGUCCCAAAGUGUGUUAUGGUCUGGGUAUGGACAACCUCGGUGUCAUGGACAACAAUGGCAACAUCAUGGUAACAUCUUCUAAUGUUGAACAGUUCAACAAGUGUAAGAAGAUUUUUGGUAGUCUGGCUUUCCUCCCUCAGAGCUUUGCAAGCGACCCUGUGAGCAACACAUCGGGUCUGACCCUCGAGCAGCUGAGUGCCUUCAAAAGACUGGAGGAGAUUACAGGUUAUUUGUAUAUUGAUGCCUGGCCACAAGAGUGGACUAACUUGAGUGUGUUUGAGAACCUGAAGAUGAUCAGAGGCAGGAUGCUCUACAAAGGUGUUUUUUCUCUGGCCAUCCAGAAUUUACACAUCCGGUCGCUUGGGUUGCGUUCACUACGCAGCGUCAGUGGAGGUUUGGUCCUGUUGCACAACAAUUCCCAGCUGUGCUACACCAGUUCACUCCCCUGGGAUAGUCUCCUCCAUCCCACCCAGGGACCCCAUCGCAUCGUCAGCAAGAACCAGGACGCCCAACUCUGUGAGGAAGAGGGCCGUGUUUGUCACCCCCUGUGUGAGGGGGGCUGCUGGGGCCCGGGGCCCAGCCAAUGUGCAUCUUGCAAGGCUUUCCAACGCGGUACUGAGUGCGUGGAGCAGUGUGACAUCUAUCAGGGGUCUAUCCGUGAAUACACAGAUGGAUCUUUGUGUGUUGCCUGUCACUCAGAGUGUCGAUCUCUCAAUGGCUCUGCCUCCUGUCAUGGCCCGGGUGCAGAGCAUUGUUCAGAGUGUCGACACUUCCAGGAUGGUGAGUUCUGUGUGGAUCAUUGUCCCAGCGGUGUGAAGGAGGAUCAGCAAACUGUGUGGAAGUACAGCAACGCUACAGGACACUGUCUGCCUUGCUACACCAACUGCACGCUGUCCUGCACUGUGAUGGAUGAGAGAGGCUGCCCUAUUGACACCAGGACAGGACCGGGUACAACCAUCGCAGCUGCAGUGGGUGGGGUGGUGCUCUUCUUUAUCCUGCUCGCACUGCUGGUGUUCUACCUGAGAAGACAGAAGAAGCUCAGGAGGAAGGAGACAAUGAGGAGGAUCCUACAAGAGCAUGAGCUCGUGGAGCCUUUGACACCCAGUGGCGCGUCACCCAAUCAGGCUCAGAUGCGUAUUCUUAAGGAGACGGAGUUGAAAAAACUCAGGGUGCUGGGUGCAGGGGCCUUUGGUACUGUUUACAAGGGUGUGUGGGCUCCUGAUGGGGAAAAUGUGAAAAUACCAGUGGCCAUCAAGGUGUUACGAGAGAACACCUCGCCAAAGGCCAAUAAAGAGAUUCUUGAUGAGGCCUAUGUGAUGGCAGGAGUGGCCAGCCCUUACGUUUGCCGGCUGCUGGGGAUUUGUCUGACCUCAACGGUGCAGCUGGUCACUCAGCUGAUGCCGUACGGCUGCCUCCUUGACUACGUCAGAGAGAACAAGGACCGCAUUGGCUCCCAGUUCCUCCUCAACUGGUGUGUCCAGAUUGCCAAGGGGAUGAGUUAUCUGGAGGAAGUGCGGCUGGUUCACAGAGAUUUGGCCGCCCGCAAUGUUCUUGUGAAGAAUCCAAACCAUGUGAAGAUCACUGACUUCGGUCUGGCCCGUCUGCUCGAUAUAGAUGAGACCGAAUAUCACGCUGAUGGAGGGAAGGUGCCCAUUAAAUGGAUGGCACUAGAGUCUAUUCUGCACAGGAAGUUCACUCAUCAGAGUGAUGUCUGGAGCUACGGUGUGACGGUCUGGGAGCUGAUGACAUUUGGUGCUAAACCAUACGACAUGAUCCCAGCGAGAGAAAUCCCAGAUGUUUUAGAGGGAGGAGAACGGCUUCCACAGCCCCUCAUCUGCACCAUUGACGUCUACAUGAUCAUGGUCAAAUGUUGGAUGAUUGACCCAGAAAGCAGACCGAGGUUCAAAGAUCUGGUGAAUGAUUUUAGCGCCAUGGCCAGAGAUCCACCUCGCUAUGUAGUCAUUCAGAAUGACGAGCAAAUGAGCAUGUCCAGCCCAGUGGACAGCCAGUUUUUCCGAAUGCUUCUGGAGGAGGAAGGGAACAACAUGAGGGAACUGUUAGAUGCUGAGGAGUAUCUGGUGCCUCAGCCAAACCACUUCCCCAGGACUCAGGGAGAUGGGGCAUCCAGACACCAGUCAUACAGGCAGAGCAGAGAUCAGGGCUUAGAUGUAGAGCCCUCUAUCGCCGGUGGCCCUCGGAGCAUGUACUCCUCCCUGGGCACUCUUGGCCGCGGCCAGUACCCUACCUUACCUUUAGGGGUCAGCACCUCCAAUGGCGUAUGGGUCCCUCAGUACCCAACCCUGGCUCGCAGCCCCUCGGCCGGCGGCCAGAGUGACUCUGUCUUCCUGGAUGGGCCUCCAGACGAGCUGCCCCCAGCCAGCCCCGGACGGUACUGCAGAGACCCCACCUACUCAAACGGGAGCCAGGGUGACCUGGAGACAGACGGGCCAAAUGGCUUUCAUCCUUCUCAUUACCUUAAUCAUUCGCUGCCCAGACGGAGUCAUAAUCAUGUCAUGCCAGAGUACGUCAACCAGGAUAUUCAAGAUCUCAGGCCGGGGAUCCCCGAUCGGCCCAGCACGCUGCCUCGUAAAGGCUCCAGAGUAGACCGACGCCUCCCUAACGGCCUGAGCUCCGGUCACAGCGUAGAAAACCCGGGAUACUUGGUCCCUGUAACUGUUGGGACUGCCACCUCUCCAGCCUUUGACAACCCAUACUACCUGGACCUGGUGGCCAAAGCCAAUGCUGUAGCCAGAGCGGCAGCAUUGGACAGCCCUGAGACACAUGAGAGAGACGGAGGAGUGCCCAGGCACGUGAACGGGUUUCUGACCUCCACAGCAGAGAAUCCAGAGUAUCUGGGACUAGCAGACACCUGGAGUGGAUAUACUUGAGGAGGGGGAAUGAGAGUGAUGUGAUGAACUCCAGAGGAGUCGCAGCUUGUGUUCUACUGAGGGAAACGAGAGAAAGGGAAACAAGAAUAUGUGUGAGACAGAAACAAGCUGGGUGUGUGAUUUGAUAGUGGGUAUAUUACGUUCAUGUGGAACUAAAUCUAACACCCAAAUCCAUACCGGUCAAGGUUGUCUGGUCAAAGCCACCAGAUAACCGAGCUGACCCACCAUGACUCAACACAGUGUAGCAUUAUUCUGGUGUCUAUGGCAUCAUUUGUAUUUCUGUCUUCCCUGUCAGCAAUCUGUGCUCUCUAUGGGAUUAGGCGCCAAAAAAAGAAGUUAACUGUGCCUCUGUAUAUAACUCCGGUACUUGAUAAGCAAAGUAGUUCACAUUGUCAAAAACCCAAGACAAGAAGUACUCGUUUUAAUGUCUGUGGUAGUUUUUAACUACACGUGAAGCAUUUUUUUUUUGUAUUUCCUUUAGUUCCCUUCUGCUAGGUUAUUCCAUAUAUUCAGCUAAAUAGAGAAAAACCAUAAAGAAUACUUUGACAUAGCGAGCCAGGAUAUGCAUUGAAGGUGAUGUUUAGUAUUCUGGUCACUGUGUUUCUGACCUGAUUGGGGGGGGGGGGGUCUUCAACACACUAAAAGCCAUUUUGUUUAGGCCAAAGAAGGCCCAGCAGCCCAUCUGGCCAGUAAACAUGCUCCCUGAAAGAAAGGCUUCCUGUAUGGAGAAGACAGAGGCAUUGUGCCACACUGAUGUAUGUGGUUGUUAGUGCCUUGGCUGCAGCUACUUUGUGGUACGAGAUACGAGGUGCUAACAGACUUUUUACGUUGCAAAUACCUCCAAAUUAUGUUUUUGUUUUAACAAAAAAGUGUACUUUUUACUAAGUUAGAGCCAACUUUUCAGGGAUUUACGAUUUUGCAAAUAAUUAGGGAAGAUUGUGUGCAUUGUGUGCAGCACGCACAAUGUUCUACAUGGUAUGAUACUGCAUAUGUCCCCCAGGCUUGUGUUAUCACAAUGAGCCUUUUGACUUUGGUGUCCUUUCACUGUGCAAGAAAGC